CAUCACAGCUCAUCUCAGGUGACUGUGCUUUCUUACAGGGCAGAAGUUCAAUAAGGUUGGGGUUUUCAAAAAGGAGCAGAGGUGUUGCAUGGCCCUCCCUACUCUGGCUGUAUUCCAGGAGUCAUUGGUUCUUUAACAGCAUGUAAACAGGGGAAUCACACGUCCUCGAUAAUGUGCUAAUUGAAUUGAAUUAGCAUUGGUCAUUUUGUUUAUUGCAUAAACUGGUCCUAUCCCUCAGAGCAUCCUUUCAGCUGAAGAAUCAAUCCAAACCAACUCUCUAAGUUAACUGCAGGACAGCCCAAUAUUAUUCAAACAUCCAGCUAUCGAACCCACUCGUUCUCUUCUCUGGUGCUAUUUUCUGGCAAGGUGAUAUGAAAAGCACGUCACUUGCACUGCUGGAACACUUUCUGAUUUCAAUCUUAUCCAUGAGCCAUAGACCAAUGAAUGUCCUAUAAAAGAAUGCAAUGCAGUGCUCACAAUGGCAGUAUUGCAAAGACCGCUCCAUCCCUAUGCAAGCACUUGAAGACCAGCUACCUGUGAUUAAUAAUUAACCAACAAAGGUGUGAAAGAGAAGUAGCCUGUGAUGUCAGAGGCUUGAUAAGAAAUAGGCCUGUUCACUCCCACCUGUCUUUGGAACAGUUCUGGUGACUGGAGCCUGUAGGGAGAGACACGGGCUCCCUCGCUAAUCAACCUUGUGGAAGACAAGCCUACAGAUUCUUUAGGUUCGGGAUCAACUUCCAAGGAGCGGCUAUGAAAUCAGCAGUGCUUCUGCUGCUGUGCCUCGCCUUAGCCCAGGGGAUUAAGAGGGUGCCUCUGAAGAGACAGAGGUCGAUGAAGAAAGUGAUGCGGGAGAGGGGGGGCCUGUCUGAGUUUUGGAAGACUUUUCAGCUGGAUAUGACCCAGCGCAACGAUGCCUGCUGUAAGGCUGAAUAUUAUGGGGAGAUCUCCAUAGGGACCCCUCCUCAGAACUUCACUGUGAUCUUUGACACUGGCUCAUCCAACCUUUGGGUCCCCUCUGGUCUGUGUUCCAGCCAAGCCUGUGAAGCCCACCACAGAUAUAAUUCUUCUGACUCUGUGACUUACCAAGUCGAUGGACGCCCCUUCUCCAUUCAGUAUGGCACAGGGAGCCUGACUGGAAUCCUAGGGAUUGACCUGGUCACUGUGGAGGGGAUCGCUGUGUCUAAUCAGCAGUUUGGAGAGAGUAUGACAGAGCCGGGCAGCACUUUCGUCGAUGCAAACUUCGAUGGGAUCUUGGGGUUGGGGUAUCCGACCAUUGCGGCAGGUGGGGCGACACCAGUGUUUGACAACAUGAUGGCACAAAACCUGGUGGACAUGCCCAUCUUUAGUGUUUACCUGAACAGGAACCCGGAUUACUCCAGCAGUGGGGAGAUCAUCUUUGGGGGGUUUGACCCCUCACACUUCUCCGGGGAGCUGCACUGGGUUCCCGUCACAAAGCAGGGCUACUGGCAGAUCCUGGUGGACAAUAUCAAAGUGAAUGGUGAGGUAAUGUUCUGCAGUGGCGGCUGCCAGGCGAUUGUAGACACGGGCACCUCCAUGCUGACGGGACCCACUGCAGACAUCACAGCCCUGCAGCAGGUCCUAGGAGCCUCGUCCCUGGAUGAGGGGACGUAUGCUGUGGAUUGUGGAAACAUCAACGCACUGCCUGACCUGACUUUCACAAUCAACGGUGCUGAGUUCACGCUCAACCCGGCUGCCUACAUUGUGAUGGAGGAGUCUGGUCUCUGCACCAGAAGGUUCCAGGGUAUGGACACGCCUCCUCCAGUGGGUCCACUCUGGAUUCUGGGGGACGUCUUCAUUGGCCAGUUCUACUCCGUAUUCGACCGGGGCAACAAUCGUGUCGGCUUGGCCAAAGCCGUGCCCUGACCCCGGGGUGACAUCUGGAGAAGGAGAGUGGAGAGUGAUCGUGACACUCCCAGAAGUCAACAGCGGCUUAAAAUGAGUUAGAUGACUGCACUGCUUGUAUACAGAAACUGAUCCAACUUCUACAUGCUGAUUACUUGUGUGCAAUGAUAAAAAAAAAUA